UCCUUGAAUAGACCAAGUACUCAGCAGCUUCACGCUAACAAUACCAAAGCCAAAAACCCUUUCUUUCUUCCCUCACUGAAUGGCAUCUCCCUGCCACUGCCCCCAACACCAACACCAUCAUCAGCACCCUCAUCAAACCCCUCCUCCCACAAACCAUUACUGUUGCAACCCUUCUUACAGUUGUUGUACACCCCCACAAGACAACCUUGUACAAGCCAUUGCAACACUCUUGUCUCAAACUCAAUCACACCCUAUUCCUUCUCUAAAACAUUACACCAAAUCUUAUCCUCUCCACAACCUUCCCAUUCAAAAUCACCACCUUCAAACCCAAUCCACUAUCUCUUCCCUUCUCCAUCGCAUCGAAUCCCUCGAAUCCUCUCUCAACCAUUACACUCAUCACUCUCUCCGCCAUGCUGCUGCUCGUGUUAUCCAAACCCAUUUUCGUUCCUUCCUCGUUCGUAGAUCAAGAACACUAAGCCACCUCAAACACCUCGCUUCCAUCAAAUCCACCUUCAACGCUCUCAAAUACUCCUUUUCCAACCACACCCACCUUGAUUUUGCACCUCUUUCCCUUAAAGUUGCGAACUUGCUCCUCGAACUCGAUGCCAUUCAGGGUUGUGAUCAGCUGAUUGUGGAUGGGAAAAGGUCGAUUAGCAGAGAUUUGGUUCAGUUUUUGGACUCCAUUGAAGAGGUUGCUGUGAAAAGGCACGUGCUUUAUGUGAGGGCAGCAAAGACUGCGAAGUCGGGUCAGAAAGUUUGCAAGCCUAGAAAUUCAGGUGAUGAUGAGAAGCGGAAGCUGUUGCAGAAUUUGAGGGGUAGGGUUGAGAAGCUUAGCAGAUUGUGUAAGGUUUCUGCGAAUGAUGAUGAAUGUUCGGAGCAUGAGGAGAAGGGAUUUCAUGAUGAUGAUCAUGUGGUAAAAGGUGUUUUGAUUGGUAGAAGGGAUGGAGUUUCCCCGAAGAAAAAUGGGGUCUUUGCUCAUAGGCAAGGAAUUCAACCUAGAGUGAAGAAAAAUGUGAGGUUUGCAGAGAAUGAGAAUGUUUGUGAGGUUUAUAGUGGGGAUGUGACUUGUUCUGAUGGAAGUUCAUCUAGUGAUGAGCAAGGAGAGGUUUUGGAGAAUGUUAGUGGUGCAGUUGAAGAUGUUGUGGAUUCUUCUCAGGAUGCUGAAGAUGAUGAGGAAGCCCUGGUGGGGGACAGUGGCGGAUCGCCGCGUAGUAGCGAUGAUGGGGAAAGGAACUCUAGAAGGGUUCUCAAAAAUGAUGGCAGAAAUGUAGUGGAAGAGCAGCUUCUAUUAUCCGCUCCAUUGCCUCUUAAGAUGGAAAACAGAAGUGAUUUCAAGAAGAGUAAAGGUGUGAAAUUUUUGUUGUGAAGAGCUGUAGCAUGAUCAUGUGAGACUUAGUUUCGUUUGAUUUGUAUUGUUUAAUUGUAAUGUAGGAGUAUUUGAUUGUCCUUCGGAUUGGUGGAGCUGAUUUGAGUGUCUAAUUGGUCGUUGGUACUGUAAAUGGACUAUGUAUUUUCAUGUUCCACUUCAAUUGAUGUUUACUACU